AUGAAGGUCUACGACUCAUCUAGGAUCGAGGAUGAUGAUCUGGGCGUGGGCUAUGAAUUCUACAAUAGCGUAGAUGAGGUACUUCAAAACCAGGAGGAUGAAUGGGAAGAUUCGGACAACGAGGAGUUGGACACGGCUUCCGCGGCGAUGCAGAAUGAACAGCUCGAUGACAGUUCGGCCGAGCGAAUGCAAACGGGCGAGGAUACCUUGAAUCCAGCGUCGAUCGAAGCGAGGAAGAGGCAGAGCGAGGCAAUCGAUGAUAAUGAGGAUGAGGCCGAGACCAUCAUCGUACGGAAACGCCAUCGCUCCGCCCCCGAAGUCGGCGCAACUGCAGCCCUGGGGCCGGUACCUGAUUAUCCAGCCGUUUCCUGCAAGGGGCGCGGAAAAUAUGUUUCACUAAGCGCCUGGUCUAAGGAAGAGAGAAUCGCUGCAACGUUGCUGGUACAAGACAACACCGGUAUCAGCGUGAAUGAGCUCUUUGAAUGGUACCGGGCUCUGGCCGCCCCCCUCAGUCUCAUGGAACUGCAUAAAGCCGACUUGGAGGCGGCGGUUGAACUGAACCCUAGGAUCUCAAGCCGCCAGCUUGCCGCUGUUCUUGGCAUCCCACGGGCCUCGGCGCGCCAUAUGUGCAAGGAACUUGGUUAUCGCCGAUAUAAAAUACGCCCUGUGCAAAUGCUGUCGGCAAAGAACAAAAGCGAUCGGCUGGCAUGCGCCCAAAAUUUUCUAAAAAGGCCU